AUGCGUAUCCCACUUGCUCCCUCGGAGCAUCCCAACCAGCUUCUACAGAAGCUAGGCGCCUCCCACAAUCCAGACCUUCCAGUCAGUUCUGCCUUCUGUCUGGUUGGCCAACAGCGAGGCUGGAAGCCAGGUUCAACGACUUGGAAGAGGAAUUGGAAUGCCUGCAUGAAUAGCGAGUAUGACCGUCUCAUUGGCUGCCGUGUGAAUAGCCUAGCCACCUGGCAGGAGCUGUGCAUGAAGGUGGGAAUCAAAGGCUCCUUCGCCUCGAUUACCCAGUGCAAGAAGGCACUAGCUCGGGUUCACAUCAAUAUCGUCGACGUUCUAGAUUGCUGGAAUUCGGACGCCACUCCGACUCGAUUUAAGAACAAGCAGGCCCUCGCCGCAUACAGCCAGGCCAACAAAAAGUUCUUCAAUCGACACAUCGCCAAGCAGGACAAGGUCCUGCGUGUUCUCCUCCGUAAGCUUCUUUAA